GCGCAUGCGUGCUUCACUCUGAAUGGAACGAGUACCAGGACCCUGUGACUACUUUUAAACUUCAUGGUUUUUUUAAUGGAAGUUUGGCAUAGAUAGGACUCCAGCAGUACACCGAGCAUUGUUGACGGUUGACGGAGAUCUGAACACCAGAGUCGGGGUUGUAAAUAGAGGAUUAAAGGAGUUGUGUUGAAGCAGGAAGGUUUAUGGUCGCAGGAGGACUCGGAUAACGACAGAGUGAACCAGCAGAACACACACACACACACACACACACACACACACACACACACACACACACCAUGUGGUGGUUCCAGCAGGGUCUGUGCUUCCUGCCUGCGGCGAUGGUCGUCUGGACGGCGGCGUCCUUUGUCUUCGCUUACAUCACAGCGGUGGUCCUGAAACAUGUGGAUCCUCUGGUGCCUUACAUCAGCGACACAGGAACGAUGGCACCAGAGAGGUGUGUGUUCGGCAUCAUGCUGGAUGUGUCAUCCUUUUUAGGUAUGGCCACGGUGUACGUGCGUUACAAACAGGUGGAGGCUCUGACGGGUGAAGGCGAGCUCAAACUGAAACGACUGAACCGCUUCGGGCUGCUGCUCGGCCUGAUCAGCUCCUUCGGGAUGUGCGUAGUCGCCAACUUCCAGAAGACCACGCUGUUCUCCAUGCACCUGGUGGGCGCGGUGCUGACCUUCGGGGUCGGGGCUCUCUACAUCCUGGUUCAGACGCUGCUCUCGUUCCACAUGCAGCCUCACGUCCACAGCAGGACCACCUACCUGGUCCGCCUCGGCAUCGGACUCUGGACCGUGAGCAGCUGCAUCACCAUGUUCGUCUCCUCAGUCAUCAUGUACAGCAGUCUGCCGGGGGUGGACGUACCUAACAAGCUGCACUGGACUCCCGGAGAGACGGGUUACACAGCUCACAUCAUCAGCACUGUGUCUGAAUGGUCUCUGGCCUUGUCCUUCAUCAGCUUCUUCCUCACCUAUAUCAGAGACUUUCAGAAAAUAACGUUGCGAGCAGAAGCACAUUUGCAGAGCAGCCACUUGUACGACACGUGGUCACAUUUUGCCGUCCCAGCGUCAAAUCCCCACCGUGACGCCUCCGAGUCGUCUCCACUGCUGGCGGGAGGAACGUGACCGUCUGCAGAGCGUCCUGCUGCUUCUGCACAGAUUCUUUAAAACCUUUUCUAAUCACGUUAACAGGCUUUUUAUGAAGACUCUCUUAAAGCUGGUGUUGUGGCUUGUAAAGGGUCAGUACACCCAAACACAUCCUCUCUUCCCUCUAACGGUAUCUGUACAAAUAGUUUGGCUUUGAUUUAGUUUGAGCUUCUUACAGCAUUUAAACGUGACUAUCCUGGAGAUGUAAUACAAAGGGGAGGAGAGAUGCAUUAAUUGUUUUGUCAUUUGGGUGAAAUGACCCUUUAAGACGCUUUGCACCUUCCCCCUCAAACUGCAUCGGCCCCUCUGUGACUUUGUCCACUUCAGCGCUGCACGUUAUAUCAUUUAUACUUGCUAUUCAUAACAAAAAAUGCAACAAUUUACUUCUGUAAUGGGUCUAUGAAGCCCACUGGGGCUCAUAUGGUAUAUAUAUACUUUAUUUAAAGUGUGUGUAUAUAUAUAUAUAUAUAUAUACUUUAUUUAAAGUAAUGUUUAGACUGUACGUCUCUGCACGCCAUACAGGAUGGUUUCAUAUGUUCACUAUUACUAAGGGUGUUACAGUAUAAUUCCCUUUUUACUGUAAAGGUUCAUAUUCAAGAUGUCUUCUUUAAGAAGUCCCCUAAAGCGAUGCGCAGUUUACUUUACGAAGGGAGGGGCUGAAGCUCUUUAAAUAUGCCAAUUAAUUUUUAUUGUAUUAUUUCUUUAUUCUGUCUUUAAACAAUUAACUGAAUUUUAAAAUAACUGACCAAGGCUUUUUAUUUCAAAUGUAUUAAUGCUCAUUUUAAAUAUAUUCUCUUUAUCUACACAGUU